AUGAGUAUCCUCUAUUCUCUUGCAAGAACCCAGGAAAUGUCAAGGAUAGGACGCAGAGGCUACCAUUGCAUGCAGAAACUGUAUACAGAAAAAAUAUCUCGUGAUUCGCUAGAUACAGCCCAACAUCGUGUGAUAGAUGCUUCACUUACACUUAUUCGAGAAAGAGCAAAGCUUAAGGGAGAACUUGUGCGUGCUUUGGGAGGUGCUACAGCAACUUCAACUCUUCUUGGAGUUCCUUUGGGACAUAAUUCAUCAUUCCUUCAAGGACGUCCAUUUGCAUCUCCCUUCAGUAAGGAAGCCAUUUGCUGUGGUUGCUCAAACUUAACUGAAGAAGGAAAGGAUUUACAUGACGUACGAGUGCUAACUGAUGUUGGUGAUGUUCUUAUCCAAGCAAUUCGAGAAUGUGGAGUAGAUGAUGACAGAAUGAUGAAUGUCGUCACUGAAUCUGUCAAGAUAGUCAUGGAGCAGCGUCCAUUACGUCCCUUAGUUUUAGGGGGUGAUCACUCAGUAUCAUAUCCAGUUGUUAGAGCUGUCUCUGAGAAGCUUGGAGGACCAGUUGAUAUUCUUCAUCUUGAUGCACAUCCGGAUCAUUAUUCGCGUUUUCCUUCUUUUGCUAGAAUCAAGAAGGAAGGCUAUGCUGGGCGAAUCGUGCAGGUUGGUGUAAGAUCAAAACCAUCUGAAGGGCGUGAACAAGGCCAUGUUUUUGUUGUAGACCAAUGUGAUAUGCGAACAAUUUCAAGAGAUUGCCUUGUUUUAGAGCUCCUGAAACUGGGAAUGGGGAUAGGUGUUAAAGGCUUAUAUGUAGCAAUAGAUGUGGAUUGUCUUCAUCCUGCUUUUGCUCCUGGAGUGUGUCGCGACGAAUCAGGAGGUCUUUCUUUCCAAGAUGUUCUCAACAUCCUGCAAAAUCUUCAAGGUGAUAUUGUUGGUGGAGAUGUGGUUGAAUACAACCCACAACAUGAUACUGCUUCAGGAAAUGCCAUGGUAACUGCUAAGGUGGUGAAAGAACUGGCUGCAAGGAUGUCAAAAUGA